GUCAGAGCAGAGGGAGGGAGCAGAGAGGCAGAGGACAACCCCGUCAGAGCACAGGGCAGACAGAGGAAGUGACUCGACAUUCCAGAUGGCGGACAUAGCCAGGAGAAUUCUUGCGAGGGGCUCAACUUCACCACCAGUUGACGGAUUACAGAGGACAGCAGAAGACUGACAGAGCUGAGGGGACGACUGGAUCUAUAACUUUGCCAUCAAUAUGUCAAAGGUAUUUAAGAAGACCAGCGGCAAUGGACAUAUUGCCCUGUACUUGGGGAAGAGAGAUUUUGUGGACAACGUGGAUUCAGUGGAAGUAGUUGAUGGGGUAAUUAAAGUGGACCCCUCUGGUCUUGAUGGCAGAAAAGUAUAUGUCUACCUUGCUUGUGCCUUCCGCUAUGGAAGCGAUGACCUGGAUGUCAUUGGGCUGUCCUUCAGGAGAGACAUCUGGAUACAGCGCGUUCAGGUGUAUCCACCUACAGGUGCAAACGCAACCAAAUCACCAAUGCAAGAAUCCCUCAUGAAGAAAGUUGGAGAGCAAGGAUGUCCCUUUUCCUUCCAGCUGCCAACAAAUCUCCCAUGCUCAGUCGCCUUGCAGCCUGGGCCAAAUGAUUCCGGCAAGGCCUGUGGCGUGGACUUCGAGGUUAAAGGAUACAUUGCCAACGCAGCUGACAAUGCAGAUGAAGUAAUUGAGAAGAAGGACACUUGCCGUCUGAUGAUUCGUAAAAUACAGUUCGCACCAGCUAACAACAAGCCCGGACCCAAGGCUGAAAUUUCCAAGCAAUUCAUGAUGACUGACAAACCAGUUCACCUGGAGGCCUCCCUUGAAAAAGAGAUUUAUUACCACGGAGAUCCAAUCACUGUCAAAGUGAAAAUCAACAAUGAAACCAGUAAGGUUGUGAAGAAAAUCAAGAUCACAGUUGAGCAGCUAACAAGUGUGGUCCUCUACUCAUCUGACACUUACACCAAGCCAGUCUGCUCUGAGGAGUUUGCGGAGACAAUAAAUGCCAACUCUACAUUUGAGAAGUCUUUCCAAAUUACUCCACUGCUGGCCAACAACAAAGAGAAGCGAGGUCUGUCAGUGGAUGGACGGCUAAAAGAUGAGGACACCCACCUCGCAUCCACUACCCUGAGUCAAGGAGACAAGGAAAUGCAGGGAAUCAUUGUGUCCUACAAAGUCAAGGUCAACCUGAUGGUGUCCGGCGGAGGCCUGCUGGGUGGCCUGACAGGAAGUGACGUCACUGUGGAGCUGCCUCUGACUCUGAUGUCCCCAAAACCCGCAGCAAACUGGAUUAAAGGCCUCUUUAGUUCAGGGCUGACAUCAGACUUGAGUCCAUGGAAGGAUGAGAUGACCAGCAAAGGAAUUCACCGGUCUGACAGAGAACACAGGACACAAAGGAACUCAACACCACUGACAAGAAGCACUAUAUGUCACUGGGUUACUACAAUGCUCUGAUUCCCCUUGUACAUAUACAUUUUUAUUAGGCAUUACUCUGAGAGCUCUAUCACUGAAAAAGAGUCUGAACUCUGUGUGACAUUUCUCUCAAUGCCAUCAUAGCAUUAAAUAGAAAUAAACAUGUGUUGUGUAUUUUUCUUUGCCAGAGGAAAUGUUCCAUAGCAUAGAUAGUAGACUUUUCUCUCCAUGUGUUACAAAUACUGAAGGUGCACAGCUUCAUUUAUUCUUAAUCUUUUAUUGCUGUGUCACUAGAACCAUGAGCUAUUAUGACUGAAUGUGCAGCUGUGGGGUUGAAUAUCCCCAAACUACUCCUACUUGUGUCACUCUUCAUAGAUAAGAGAAGGAAAUAAACACAUUGUUUCCCCAAACA